CACACGGCUCUGCUUUUUCUUCACCGUGAUAUCUUCUUCCUCAAAAAUUUGGAGGGUCGCAGCACUCUAUAUAACUAGUCGCCGGCUAACGAAAGGGAGGGAAUAUAAGAGACUACAAUCGAGACGUGCCUAGCUCUUCUCCUUUUCGCAAACUUGACUACCGCUCAUCUUCAUCUUCUUCCUGGCCGCUGCAAUGAUGGACUUCGAUCCUAGGGUUUACGAGAACGUCGUAGGCGAUUAAUGACAAUGAUGUUCGCAAUAUUGUGUUAUCGUAUCUUGUGCAUAACUGCUUCAAGGAAACAGCUGAAGCACUUCUUACUGGCACUGGAAUGCAACAGUCUGUUGAUUAUCUAAGCGACUUGGACAAGAGGAAAGCUAUUUUCCAUUUUGCGCUGGAGGGGGAUGCUCUUAGAGCAAUAGAAUUAACAGAACAACUGUCUCCCGCAUUACUGGAGCAAAAUGAAGAUCUUCAUUUUGACUUGUUGGGCCUUCAUUUUGUUGAACUUGUCUGCUCGAAGAAAUGCACAGAAGCUUUGGAAUUUGCCCAGGCUAAGCUAACUCCAUUUGGGAAGAUUCAAAAGAAUGUUGAGAAACUGGAGGAUUUCAUGGCACUUCUAGCUUACGAGGAGCCUGAAAAAUCACCCAUGUUUCAUCUUCUUGGUUCUGAAUACCGGCAAAGUAUUGCUGACAAUCUGAAUAGAGCCGUUCUUGCUUUGUUCCCAUGGACAAUGGCAGCCCAUGCUAAUUUACCUGCUUAUUCUUCAAUGGAGAGGUUGAUACAGCAAGCAACUGUGACCAGGCAUUAUCUGCAUCAGGAACUCGGCAAGGAUGGUCCUCCACCCUUCUCAUUGCAGGCAUUCUUGAAGAGCUAGAGGAAGAUUUUUUGCGCUCUAAGCACUGAUGUUUCCUUUCUCGAGUGGACUCUAUUUUCACUGCUACUGAUGAUUUCCAUGAAGGUAAAUAACAUAGCGCUUAAAAGAAAACUUAUUCAGGUAUAUAUUUAUCUUCUUCAGCCUUAACGAAGUUUGCAGCAAAAAAUGGUUUCAUAUGAUUCAGAUAUGGUGUUUUCGCUUCUUUUUUUUUGUUUUUGUUUUGGAAGAUUAAAGAUGUCUCACUCUGUAAUAUUUACUUAGAACCGCCCCCCUUUGUAACAGACAAUGCAGUUGUGAUAAAAUUUUCCUAUAUUUAAUUCUGUAUUGAAGGUUACUUUUGUAAU